GGAAUAUGGGCUGCUGCAGUAAAUGGAACACCAGAGCUCAUAGCUGUGAACCAGCUUGCACAAAAUCCAAUAAGACACAUUGCACAGUGCUAGCACCUCCUAUGAGAAGGAGGGAUGAACAAUAGGAGGGGUUUAGGAUAAUACAGGAGUAGCAAGAAAAGAGGGUGUUGUGAGUUUCCUAACAAGAACCCCAGAGGUCUAAAGAGAUCUCCCAUCCCCCAUGUAGUUUGGGAUGGGUAUUGUCACACCCUCUGUAUACCUCCACGCUGAAGGUAACUAGCCAUUAACUUCCUUAGAACGCUGUGUAUCAACUCUAAGAACUCUGCUGCUGGCUGGAGAGAUUGCUUGGAAAAUCAAAUUAUGUUCUUCUUGCUGGACCUUAAACUCUGAUCUCUGAGCCCCCUUCCCCACAGUGAGGGGUCUCAGGUCUCCCUAGAGUGCUGAUCACUUUGAUGUACUUAUUUAGGACGUUUUCCAGCCGUCCCCACGGUGUCCCUCUUUCCCCCUCCCUCCCUCUCUCUCUGGAUGUGCUGUGUUGUUCCCUGUAAGCGGAAAUAUAUCUUUUUUUUUUUUUCAGGAUUGAAUUCCUGAGGUUCUGACUCUUUACAUCAUAAGGGAAGUUUGACAUGUUGUUUUUUUGCAAUCAGCAAAAUUGGAUUCUCCCCUCUUCCUGAGCACCAUGAACUCUCAUUUCAACAAAGGCAGAACUGGGAAAAAACUUAGGAAUCCUAUAGCCUAAUAUUUUGGAUUUGUCUGGUUUAUUUUUUUUUAUAGGAUCAUGGAAAUUUUGAGAAUUCCGCCCUUUUAUUCUGGGAUCUGAAUGUUUUUGCAGGCAAGAUUUCAUCUGAUCUUCUAAAUUUUUUUUUUACCAAGUACCUGGAAUAUUUGCACGUUAUAAAGGGUCCCCUUUUGAAUCUGCAGGCUGAUCAGCCUUGGGGUGAGUUGCAGUUUUUUUUUUGCUUGUCCUGCCUGUGUUUGGAUUUAGUCCCAUAAACACAGCUUGUGACUUAGUCAUACCUGUUUGUGUAACUAAUAUGCUUUGGAAAUGUAUCCUGUCCCUGUGCUGUGUCUUUGUAUUCUUAGUGUACAAUACAGAUCAUUGUGUAUUCAGACAUUGCUGUGUUAUAUAUUAUUUAUUUCAUUGCCUUUAUGUAGCAUUCAAGAGUGUAAAUCUAUAGGCUAGAGGAUUUUUUAUUUUUUAAUCCCUGGUUGCAUUUUUUUAGCCAUAUAAUUUUACAAGGCGUCAAGUGAAUCCCACAUGCAGGAGUCAAUUUCAAAGAAUUUACAGUCUGCAACAGUAAAACUCAGGAAUGCAGUUAGCAGGUUUAUAUGUGUGGUUUAGAGCUAUCAUGGGGUGUGUAGGUUUCUAUAGUAUAAAAAUUUAGUUAUGCUUGCAAUUUGUGUUAAAUAAGGAUAGGCCAAAGGUAGACCCCAAAACUGUGGCAGAGUAUCUUGGGAAUUGUAGUCCUCCACCUCUGGGAGCUAUGUCUUUUACUCCUAAAUUAGGCAGUUUAGAUGUUUUGAUUUUAAAAAUUUUGAGAAUAAAACCCAUAUUUCUAGUAAAAAGCUGUAAGCAAGUUGUGGCCACCUGAAUAACUCAACUGUGUUUUGGUCUUCACUUGUUAUUGUUCUGCAGCUCAAUAUUUAGUGAUUAAACUCCCAUAUUUAAUGUUUGUCAGUAAAAAAAAUGUUUUAGACCAAGAAUAAACAUGUACAGGCCUGAAAUGCUUGGUUUGUGCCUCAAACCUGCUUCAUUGUAGGUAUAAUAUGAAGGUGACUAGAUUUCUCCUUUUAGUGGAAAUGCUUAACCCCUUAAGGACCAAACUUCUGGAAUAAAAGGGAAUCAUGACAUGUCACACAUGUCAUGUGUCCUUAAGGGGUUAAAGCACCCUCUAUGCAUUCACUUUUAAAGGAAAACUCUGAGCACCAUAACCACUGUGGCGCACACUGUACGUAAUCAACCCAUUUUAUAACAGUUUGACUUUUUACCUGGGAUUCACCGCACACUUCCCUGCCUCCACUACUUCAGACAGAGAGCCCGCUGUGCGGAACUAAGCUCAUCAGAGCUAACGGAAGCUCUUGCUUAGGAACUUCCCGAGUUUUUUUUUUUUUUUUUAAUGGAAGUAUUGGAGGAAGGGAGCAGCGACCCGUGGCACCCAGGUAAUAAGUUAAACCAUUCUGAAGCAAUUUCACUACAACUACUUACAGUGGGGGUGCCAGGGCACUUCUGGAACUAUAACCACUAUAAGGCGCUGUAGUCGGUAGUGCUUGGGUUUUUUACACUGAUUUAGAAAAAAAAUUUUGUGCCAAAAUUUAAAGGUUUUGAAUAUAACAGAGCUAUUGAAUUCUUAGGCUGUUUUCGUUAAAACAAAAACACAAUUUAGAAAUUUUUCAUUUCACCAAACAAUACAAUUUUUCAACUAGACAGGUCCAGAUUUAGUGCCACUCUCUCGUUUGGAAUGUUGCUUUUUCUAAAGGUAGUAAUUAGAAUUGCCGGAUUCACAGUGACAUCCUGGACACGUCCCUUUUUCGUGCUAAAAUUGGCUUCCAUCUAUUCUUUAGUAUGCAGAAUUCAUAUGCUACAGGAAGAAAUCUGAUUAACUAAUCAAUGCAUUCUUCCCUUUGGAAGCUCUGCUUGAUUAAUGAAUUGACGUCUGCUUAGUAACAUGGAUUCUGCAUGCUCCAGGCAGCAUUAUUUGUGUGCAUAGCCCCAGCAUGUGGGAGUGAUAUGUGUUCUGGAAACCAGUGUAUCAGGUAACCUUGUGUUGCUUCUUUCCAUAUGGCUGUUACCUUGUGUGACGAGUUUUUCCCAAACCGUCAUAUCCGCACUGACAAGUAAGCAGGUAAAGUGGAAGCCCUGACUCACAAUUUAAACAUUUUAUAUAAAAGGGGAUUAAGACAUUUUAGGUUUUAUGAACAAAACACUAAAAAUUACGUGGCGGCCAAAAUAGCCAAGCUGUGACUUUAAUUGAGUUGGAGAAGUUUUCCAAAUCCAUUAUUUUGUCUACAUUUUGCAUUUCUGUUGUCAGUCGGCUAGAUUUCACUAUUUAGUAAUUUAACUUCUUUGCAUGCAAAAAUGCAUGUUUCAAAUAAACGGAGGUCCUAAACAGGUUUUAGUCGAUAUAAAGUUCCUUAUAUUAAAGGAACACUUAAAAAACCAUAAGGCCACUACUGCUCAGUGUAGUGCUUAUGGUAUGGAAGAUGUCCCCCUGUCUUUUUUUUUUUUUUUUUUAUCUAACUUUUUUGUAAUCGUUUCUCACUGUUACCUAUAGCUGAUUCCCUUUGCAGUCACACUGAAAAUGUAACAAUAAUACGUCCACUUUACUAAGUGUGACUUCAUUCACCUUGUAUGGCAAUGAUGGGCAGAGACAACUAGCCAAUAGUUUACACGUUAUUGGUGCAGUCAAAAAAGGGGUGAACUAUGGGAGCUCGGGACAAAAAUAAAGUGGGGGAAGGUACCCGUGGACUUACAGCACCAUAACAACUCUGAUGAGCUGGAGUGGUUCUGAUAUCUGGAGUGCCUAUUUAAAAGUAAAGAGAGAAUAAUCCACUAAUUGUGUUGGGCAUAUUUAAAAAGGGGUGAGUGUCAAACCGCAGGCACAGUGAAAUAUUUAAAUCUUUAAGGUUAAUAUAUUGCACAACAAUAGGAAUAUGGAACUUAAGGGGUAAAUGUCACUUUUUUGGAAAUCACUGAAUAAUACGUUAAAAAUCACCUGUGGCUUGUGUUAACGAGUUACUCCACCACAUGACCAUGUACUCCCCUCACCCCAUGUGUAGCGCUAAAAUAUAUUUUAGACAAAUGACAUCCUGUUCAGGUACAGCCUGAUUUGCAAAUGUGUUGGAGAAAUAGAAACCUAUUCUGUGUGUGCUUUCUCUGUGCUGGCUGCCUGGUGCAAAGGUCAGAGCUUAUAACAAUGAUUGACAGGAAGCUAAAAUGGAGGCGCCCAGGUGCAGAUUAGGGAGGUGUGGAUUUUAAUUUUCACACCUCACAAAUACAUAUUUGUUAAAUCUAGAUAAGUAAACAUACUUCUUUUUCUCUACUAGCUAGGCCUUACAAGUUGCUUGACACUGCAAUCAUGGAGGAUCCAUGACACACUUAUCAAGGCUGAUUUUUUUAUUUAUUUAUUUUUUUUAUUUUUUUUAUUUAUUUUUUUUACUUGCCAUGGCAAAAUUUUAACUCACCAAGUGCUAGUGGGAAUUUUGAGGGGUGUGUGUGUGUGUGUGUGUGUGUGUGUGUGUGUGUGUGUAUAGCAAAUACAGACUCAAAGGAAUCCAUCUUUAAAAUGGAAUGAGGCAAAAAUGUGAUUUUGUUAAACUAAUUUGCAUAUGCCCACCCAGCAUCCUUUGUGGUAGUAACAUCACUGCAGAUUUGUGAUUUCUGUGGGAAAAGCAAGUCUUAUGGCUUGACUGGUGUGCAGCUGUUUGUUUAACAUUGUAUUAAAUAUCCACCGACUUCAGGUGGAAGGGGUUUUCAAUCACGUUUUUCUCCCUACCCUAACCUUUUUGGUUUUUGCUACAAAAAAAAAUAUAUAGUUAAUACAAUGUUAAACAAACAUCUGCACACCAGUCAAGCCAUAAGACUUGCUAUUCCCACAUAAAUCACACAUCUGCAGUGAUGUUACUACUGCAAAGGAUUCUGGGUGGGCAUAUGUAAAUUAGUUUAACGAAGAAUCACACUUUGCUACAUUCCAUUUUAAACAUGGAUUCCUUUGAGUCUGUGUUUGCUGUAUACAACAGCUUUGAAACACAACUUAGGAAAAGAUGCAAAUCGUCAGCAUGAGGUUGGUUACUGGUUUGUUAUUGAGGCUUGGUAGUGCUUGGGUAGCAAAAUCCAAAUAGGUUAUGGUGGGGAAAAAUUGUGAUUGAAAACCCCUUCCACCUGAAGUCUGUGGAUUACAUAUAUAAUUAAAGGGAACAACUACAGUCACCAGAACAACUAUAGCUUAUUGAAUUUGUUCUGGUGAGUAUAAUCAUUACCUUCAGUUUUUUUGCUGUAAACACUGUGUUUUCAGAGAAAAUGCAGUGUUUACAUUACAGCCUAGUGAUAACUUCACUGGCCACUCCUCAGAUGGCUGUUAGAGAUCCUUCCUGGGUCAUGGCUGCCUAAAAUGCAUCCAAACAUUCAGUAUCUCCUCCCUCUGCAUGCAGACACUGAACUUUCCUCAUAGAGAUUCAUUGAUUCAGUUCAUCUCUAUGAGGAAAUGCUGAUUGGCCAGGGCUGUGUUUGAAUCAUGCUGGCUCUGCCCCUGAUCUGCCUCCUUGACAGUCUCAGCCAAUCCUAUGGGGAUGCAUUGUGAUUGGAUCAGGCUACCACUUCUGAUGAUGUCAAGAGACUGCUUGUUUUUCUGAGUCUAACAGCAUGCAGAGCUACAGCUUCUGUCUUGAAUACAGUUAGAUUUUUACUAAAUUUAUGGAGGCAUGAAGUGUCCAGGGGGCUAGAUGGUGGUUUUAACACUAUAGGGUCAGGAAUACAUUUUUGGUAUGCUUUUAUUAAACAAAAUAAGAAGUACAUUUUUGACUGUGGUGUGUUUUUUUUCUUUUCUUUUUUUUUAAAUUUUAUUAUUAUUAUUUUAUUUUAGUUUCUUGUGGCCAGGUAUAUACUGUGUGCUGUAUAGUAUCCAUAAGGAACUAGAUAAAUAAAUUGUGCAAAGAGGUUUAUGACACUGUCAUUGAAAGUAAAGGGAGGAUCUGAUUUGACUAAGCCACUUGCUGAUCCUUUAAGAUGUCAUUGCCGAAGCUGCAACGCCUAUUGAUUUGCAACAUGUGAGAGACCUUGAAAAGGGAAUUUAAAAAAAAAUAAAUGAAUGCAUUUAUUUUUAAUUGAUACGAUCUCCAUAAUGUAUUAAAAAGUAAUCUGCUCCAGCUUACAAUUAGCUUGAAAAUAUAUAUAUAUUUUAAAAAUUUUCGAUGAACAUUUUGAUUGUGUGUAUGUACGCAUAUAUGCGUUUGCAAACAAUAUAUUAAAAAUAAUACAAAAUAAAAAGCUGCUUCUUUUGGAAGUGCUUGCAUUUUCUGCAAAUCCUAAGGUCUUGCAGCUUCUACAGUGAAACCAUAUGCCCCAUAACAUUCUAUGGCAUUGCUGCGCUUCUCUUAUAAUCCCUGCCCAGGGUUUUCAUUAUUGGUAGAGCAGACUAUUCUUUGAAUUAUAGUUGAGCUCUUUUCUUUCUAUUGUUAAAAUUUGACAAUUCAAUUACAACUCCCUCCUUCUCUGUUGUCACUUGUGUUGGUACAAGUACUUGUAGGGGCUAAGAGAAGCAUAGCUUCUCCCAUGACAUGUUUGAGUGCUGUGGUGACUCGUGAGCUUAUACCUGCACUUAAGACCCGCAAGUUACUUACUCACUAAACUCAGGAUUUUCAUGAAUUGAAAAACUGAGGCAUAAAUCCGAAAAGAUUUAGCAACUUAUCCCAUUUGUGUUUAUUUUAGCCAAUAUUGGGGGAUUCGUGAAUUACACUCAGUGUCUGCAGUUAAAGAUUGUGAGAGCAAAGUAGGUGAACUGAAAUUGUAAUUGGAAUUUUGUUUUUCCAAUUUUGUUAUUUGUGGCCUAAAAUUUAAAAUGUACUUUUGAAUAACCCUGAUAGUCUAUAUUUGUGAGCUAUUGUUUCUGGGAUAUUUGUGUAAUGUGUUCCCAUUUAAUGUUGCAGAUUCGUGCCUGCUAUCAUGGCUCUCAAGGCCCGUGCGCUGUACAGUUUUCAGAGUGAGAACAAAGAGGAGAUUGACAUUGUGGAGAAUGAGGAGUUGAACUUGCUCAGUGAUGUGUCCCUCGACGGAUGGCUUCAGGGGACAAACAGCCGUGGUCAGACAGGUCUCUUUCCUGCAUCCUAUGUGGAGAUCGUACGCCCACGCUCUGACUCUGUGCAGGUAGAUUACUCAAGGCACCAGUCAAGCUACACCGAUACCAACACUACCACCACCACCCACCAUGGCAGUUAUGAUGACGACGAAGAGGACGAUGAUGACUGGGACGAUUGGGAUGAUGGGCAGUCUGUAGCAGAAGAACCCACUGGCUCUAACGGAGUGCCCCACAGUCAGCCACCACGCCAUAAUUACCCCAGGCCAGAGAAUGCACACCGGCCACGGCCCCAACUAGAGCGUCAGGACAGUGUGGCUAGCGGUAAAAGGGGGAGUGUAGUAGGUCGAAACUUAAAUAGAUUUUCUAGUUUUGUGAGAUCUGGUGUGGAAGCCUUUGUACUUGGCGAUGUGCCCCAGUUCGGUAGAGUUGGUGAAACCCAUCUAAUAGAAAUGGGAAGCAAAGGGCCACAGUGGAAGGGGAGCCCUUAUCCUUUCAAUUGCUCCGUGGAGGAACCAACCAAACAGACCAAGUUCAAAGGAAUCAAGAGUUACAUAUCUUACAGGUGAGGACCCAGACGGCGGAUUAGGAAUUUUUAAACUUAUACCCGUGCUGUAUGGUACAAAGUAUUAUUUGAAUAAUGAUUUUGCCAAAAAAUUUUUAUAUAUGUAUAACCAUCAUUACAACCAAAAUGUAAUGCAUUGUAUGCGUAAAUCAGAACAAAAUAAAAUACUCAACAUUUUGAGUUAUUAAUAACUAGAACACUCAAACAGACCCCUCCCAGAACAGGAAUAAACUCUGGCAAUCAGGGACCUCACAUUCUGGUUUAUGGGAGAUUUUCCAUAUCACAUAACAUUAUCCGAGGAGGGUUAUAUUAUCUGUAGGACCAUAGGCGUGCGCAGCCUAUUGCAUUAGGGUGUGCACCCUAAAGCACAAGCACAAGCACACGCUAUAUAUAUAUAUAUAUAUAUAUAUAUAUAUAUAUAUAUAUAUAUAUAUAUAUAUAUAUAUAUAUAUAUAUAUAUAUAUAUAUAUAUAUAUACACACACACUGCUGUGUGUGAGGGUGCUGUUAGUGUGUUUGUGUGUGCGUGCUUGUGAGGAUGCUGUUAAUGUACUGUGUGUGCGCUUGUGAGGGUGCUGUUAAUGUACUGUGUGUGAGGGUACUGGUAGUGUGCUGUGUGUGUGUUUGUUAGGGUCCUGUUUGUGUUUGUGAGGGUACUGUUAGUGUGCUGUAUGUGUGUGUGUGGGUACUGUGUAUGUCUGCGGGUGCUGUGUGUGUUCUUUAUGUGGGUGGGUGGGUGAUUGUACAUUACUUGCUAUACUUGAAUCGUGCUGCUGAUUCCAUCCCUGGUGGUCCAUUGGAGAGUUCACUCUCGCGAGAUUCAUAUCUCAUAUCUCGCAAGAGGAGCUGCCGGCAAUAGCUCCGCCAGUCCUCUCCCGCCUGCCUCCCUCCCUGCAUGUGGGGAGGGAGGCUGAGAGCAGAGCCGGCGCUCAGAUAGCGCCGGCUCUGCAUGAGCCGACAGGGGAGAUCCUGAGAUCUCCCCUGCCGGUCUCAAUAUACAUAGGCGUGCCGCGGGGAUUAGGGUGUGCCCAGGCACACCCCGUGCGCACGCCUAUGUGUAGAACACCAGGUUAAAGGGGCAGCUUACUAAACCGAUAACUGCUAAACUUUGGCUUCUAUCAGUUUAUGUAACGUUUUGUGAACCGGACUGUGUGCACUAUUGUGCUAUGCUGCAAGACCUGAGAGAGAGAAUAUUGGCGUAAUGUCUCAGAGGACAACACCAUCACAAGUUUGACGGAAGAAGUAACGUUACUUUUUUUAUGUCUGCAAUCCGGGCAGGCUUAUAGCAGGCUUUUGCAAAUAUUGCUUAGUAACCCUUUAAAGGGAGUUAUUUAUUUGUUUUGUUUCACAUCAACGGUGAUGGAUGUUCCCAACUAUUUUUUUUUCUUUUCGUGCUUUAGCACCAUAAACUGCAAGCACCAUAACAUCAAUAUUGUUCUGUAGUGGAUAUGGUCCCAGGACUGCCCUGGUGCACCCACCCCUGAAUGUAAAUAGUCAAUUAGUUGAACAACCGUUUGAUAAUUUACCUGGGGUCUGUUGGGCGUGGACCCCAGGUAAAUUGGUUUUGUUACUUACAUUGUGGGGCGCCAGGGUACUGUUGGCAUCACUGUAGUGGUUGGAAUGUUCUAUUAAAGAGAACUAUAUAGUGUAAUCUCCAUAAUGCAAAUUAGAAGAAAGUUAUAUUCCAGAUAGCUGGAAUGAGUGUUAUGCAGGGAUUUAUUAAAAUCUACCACUGCAAGCAUUUGUACAUUUAGAGGACAGUAUGUGCCUAAUAAAACACAUGUAUUUUGUUUUGUUUCACUUCAUAAUACAGCAAUCUUAUUCUUCAUGCUGUCUGGAAAGUGCUUUGUAGGAUUAAAACAUGCUAUAAACGUAGUUGUAUUGGUUCCGUUUCUCCCCUUCCCCGAUAUCUUCCUCCUUUUUGGGUUCUAUUCUUUAAUGCAGGGGUCUGCAUUGCUCUCAUCCACGAUACUAUUUAAUUAACCCAUUAUUUUAAACUUUUCCUGUAUCCCAAUUUUUACUUUGAUCCAAAAGUUGGCACAACACAUACUGAUUUACAAAUAAAAAUGAGGUUAUUUGGAUCAUCAGUUGUUCAUUCCUAAAAUUUGAUCUGUUAAAAUGCAUCUAACUUAAAGAUCACUUCCCCCCUGCCCCGCUUAAUUUCUCUUAAUUGGUAAAGGCUAAACACUUCUGCUUUAACCCCUUAAGGACCAAACUUCUGGAAUAAAAGGGAAUCAUGACAUGUCACACAUGGCAUGUGUCCUUAAGGGGUUAAAUAGGUAUUUAAUUAUCACAUGCUUUUUUUUUUUCUUUACUUCUGGGCUGAGAUCAGCAGAAACAGUUUGAUGCCAGUAUUUAAAACAUUCCUCCUAUGUUCUGGUGAUAUUUUCACAACCCAUCCUUUCAAACCUGGAACUAAAUGGAAGCCCUAGAAUGAACCCAUUGAGUGAUUGGCGAGGCAGAAAUAUAUUGCACUUUAUCUAACUAUAGAAAGAUUUACUACUAAGUUUCUAUUUCAAUAGAGAAGAGCUUAAUUGGUUAUUAAAGCAUCUGCCACUUUAAGCUUUUUGUAAAGAUAUCAUUUUUUUUAUCAAAAACUAAUUUGACAUUUAAAAAAAAAAACUUUUUUUUUUUUUUUUAAGUUCUUUGAAAUUCCAGCACAAUCAAAAGAUAUAUACAUGAGACAAGUCUUUGGCAAAAGGCGGAAUUUCUUCGCCAUUUCAAAUGACUCGCCUGUUGCAAACACUGAUUGAACCGGGCAUCAGCAUGAUUAGCAAUAGAUCACUAUGGUACCUUAUUGGGCAGGUUCCCUUGUUACACCUAAAGCAACUUGGAAAUCAUAUUUGGAUAAUCCUAAAAGCAGCCUUUAUUUAUCCAUGUUUUUCUGAUCUCUAAAACAAACCACAACGAAUACACAGACAGACAGACAUUCUUAUUAUGGGGGCACUCCACAAUAAAAAAUAAAUCACUAUUUACUAGAUAUACCCCCAAUUGAAACAUGCAUGCAUAUAAUUAUGGAUUUUGUUAUAUUUAUUUUUAUUUUUUAUAUAUAUCUAAACCAAAAGUUGCUGUUUUAUUUAGAAUUUUUUUUUUUCUCUGAAAAGGCUGUGCUUACAAUAAAAUGCAUGCACAGACCUACUAUAAUCACCAGAACACCUACAUUAAGCUGUAGUUGUAUUGGUGACUAUAGUGUCCCUUUUAAGAUGGGAUACUCCUUAGGUGAAAUGCUUUGUGGGUAUGGAAUGGUCCUUUUUUAAAGGAAUGCACACUGAUCAGCCACAACAUUACAACCACUGACCGGUUAAGUGAAUAACAUUGAUAAUAUUGUUAUAGAGGCACGUGUCAGACGUGAGAUAUAUUAGGCAGUCGGUUCUUUAAUCUUAUGCGUUGGAAGCAGGAGAAAUGGACAAGCGAAAAGAUCUGAGUGACUUUUUGACUUGGGCCAAAUAGUGAUGGCUGGAAUGUUGGGUCAGAACAUCUCCAAAACAGCAAGUUUAGUGGGGAGUUCCUUGUAUGCAGUAGUUUAGUACCUGCCAAAAGUGGUGCAAGGAGGGACAGCCGGUGAACUGGUGUCCGGGUCAUGGGCGACUUGUGUGGAGUGAAGGUUAGCCCGUCUGGUCCUAUCGCGAAGAAGAGCUACUGUAGCUCAAAUUGCUGAAAAACUUAAUGCUGGUCACGACAGAAGGGUGCAUCUCAGUUUGUGUAUGGAGCUGCGUAGCCGCAGGACUGUAAGAGUGCUCAUGGUGACCCCGGUCCACUGCCGAAAUUGCCUUCAAAGGGGACUUGAGCGUCAGUACUGGACCAUGAAGCAGUGAAAGGAGGUUUCCUGGUCUGAUGAAUCGCGUUUUGUUUUAGAUCAGGUGGAUGGCUGAGUGUGUGUGCAUCAUUUACCUGGGGAAGAGAUGGUAGCAGGAUGCACUAUGGGAAGAAAGCAGGGCGGUGGAGGCAGUGUUAUGCUUUGGGUCCUGGCAUUCAUAUGGAUGUCACUUACCACCUACAUGUACCACCUACCUAGAGAUUGUUGCAGGCCACAUACACCCCUUCAUGGCAGUGGUGUUCACUGAUCCAUUUCGCAACAUGCAGGGAUUUAAUAAUCUGCUGCUAAUGGUUUUUGUACCAGAUACCACAGGACACGUUCAGAGGACUUGUGAAGUCCAUGCCUCAAUGCAUCAGGGCUGUGUUGGGGACCUACAUGAUAUUAGGCAGGUGGUUUUAAUGCUUUGGAUGUUCAUUGUAUACUGGGUACAGAUUAAGGAACCAUGCAACAGCCCUCCCACGUUAAAAUUGAGUGUAGGACCCACCAAUUUUGCGGUAGUGGGGGACUUUAGAUGAUUUGGUCAUAUCCCCAUAUUUGUUUGCUGAGAUGGGUGAUUUUAAGUAGUCAUGUAAAACUGUGUAUUUGUGUGCGAACCUUAAUCUGUAUUUUGUAUAAAUGUUGGUCUCUACGGAGGCACCAUGCAGAGAAGUUCAUGUGUCUGAUGUGCCCCCAAUUCCCUUUCUUUUUCAGUGUAUACUGGGUGUCAGUGUGUGGAUUUAGGGGUAUAUGUAAACGGAGUGUCAGUUUGUCAAAUGUAUGAGGUGCAGGUAUACUAGGUGUCAGUGUAAUUCUACAGGUCUAUGUAAGCUGGGUGUCAGUGCUUGCAUGUAGUGGGGUACUUGUGUUAUUGUGUGUGGAGUGUCAGUGUUUGCACACAUGCAGGAAUGUUUUGUGUGGAUUGUCAUUGUGUGUCUAAAUGCAGGGAUAUAUAUGGAUAGAAACAUAUGUGUGUAAUAUAUAAUAUACGUGUUUUGCAACUCUUUACCUCUCCAUGUGGUUUGUCUACGUCCUACACAUUGCUAACUCUAUACAUUAUGUGCCUGGCUAAACUCUCACUCAUCCUGGCUCCUUCCUUUUAAUUGUGAAUUUAAAGGGUUAAUAGCCUAAACACCCCUCCCAAAUAAGCCAUGAAGGUGUGCCAAAACCUACCAGCACCACCCCAUGUUCUCAGUUACUCGUGACCACCAUCGAGACUUUCUAUCCGGCAUCUUGAGUUACCUUUUUAAAUGUAUGCCUACUCAAAAUGUGUAAUACAAUCAUUGGUAACUUGAUAACCUUCACAGGAAUUCUGUCUCUGCUAGAACCGGAUCCGAAGUAAUUCAGAGUAAUUAGUGUUUUAAUUUCUGGAAAAUCCUGAGCUAUGCUUAAUACAAAAAUUACACACAAGGACCUGUCCGGCUCGGGCACAAUACAGAAGCUCCGGUUUUACUUUAUCAAAGAGACAAUACAGUGAGAUUCUCAUCCUUUUCAUUUUUAAAAAACAUUUUUUAUAUGCUUGUUGUUUUUCUCAUUCUUGGGUUCUGGGAGUUUAAAGGGUUCUACACAGUAUCUUAGUUGUUACUAGAGCUGCACUCUUCUGGACAGAGUUCUGGAUAUUUCUCCUGAAAUCAGCUAAAGCUACUCCCCCCCCCAACUUGGGGGUUAUUAUAUAAUUAUCCCUAUAUGUAUGUGAAACAAAUAGACUUUCUUCUGAUGCAGUACCUUAGCAGAACAAUUACAUGUAGUUAAAGGGACACUAUAGGCACUCAGACCACGUCAGCUCAUUGUCUGACAUUGCAGUUCCAGAGAACAUUGCAGCACUAAGUCGGCCUACAGUGGCUGUGUACCAGACAGCCACUGGAGGCACUUCCUGAAUCGAAACAGACCUUGGUGUGUAAAACCGUGACUGACGCUAGACGUCCUCACACUCUAGGAAAGCAUUGAUUAUAUGCUUUACUAUGGGGAGGUCUAAUGCACAUUAGCGCCUGCUCGUCGCUGGACAAAGAGAAGUUGUGCAUCGUCCUGUUGAUUCAUUUUUAGGUUCGUAGUCAAUGAAAGUACUUAGCUAUUUGUAAGGGAUCUCCUCUAGUUUCUCAUGCACAAUAAAUGAAUGUAUGGUCUCUACAUUGAAGUGGAAGCCAUAUUGAACUAUUCACUUUUUAAAUUGUGAUCGCUUAACUAUAUAUCUAUAUAUCUCAUAAGCUCAUGUCCUGCAGAGGUUUCUGGAUAUACAGAACUCUCCCAUUGUGAACACUGAGAGACAUUGGAUUGGUUGAGAAAACUCGCCCAAUUCCUAGUGAUCUCAGGGUUUAACAAUAAACACACAUCAUUCAGGAAUCAUUAUCGUUGUUAGUUUUUUUUUUUUUUUUAAUACAUUUCCUCCAUAGUUCAUUAAUAAGGGCAGUUGACUUGCCUGGGAUGUCCAUUUCAUGUACCUAUUUGUAUACUCAUCUACAAAUGUACACACUGAAUUAUGGAGCUUAUUUACUAAACACCAGAUUGUUGUGAAUUGCAAGAUUUCUGAAAAUAUAGUGACACAAAUUGGAAUGUUUUUCAUAGUUAUUUUAGCCUACAUUUUGCUUUUUGGGUUUAUUCACUAACCACACUUUUACGGUGAAGAGAAAACCAACGUGUAGAGGAUGCUAAAGUGUGAUAUUUGUCCUAUGUGUGGACAUCUAGGGUUUGUUGAAUGUGUGUGCCUCUCCUUGUGUUGAAAAUUGUGUGUUUUGUGGGUGUGCUGUUUGUGCAAUCACUGCAUUAGAAUAAGAGCAGUUGGUGUGUCACUAUGAAUUGCAAAGAACAAUGGGUGUGGGAGGCUGUGCAUUCAAAGCAAACUACAGCAUGCUUUCUGUGUCAAAAUGCCAUACAGCAGGUUGCGUGACAAAACUCCUUUUUGUCUACGCCAGUGUCACCUGGGAUGGUGGGCAUCUGUCAUUCUAAGUUGACAUAUGCAUAUCUCAAUUAGUUUGCGAAGAUCUAUAAGGCUAUGGUUCCUGCAGCGUUGGAAGUUUAUACUGUUAAUAGUUGAGUAAUAAAAGAUGUCAUUUAGUGACUAAAUUAGCUACUGGUAUCAAGUAAAAUAUUCGCAUGAUAGAACUCUGGAAUUAAACUGUGCCUGCACCCCUCAAUUCCAAAACCCACAUUCUUUGUUAUAUUUUGGAUACAUUGAUAGUUCUGUUACAUCCUUAUGUUUCUGCUAUUGAGAAAGUAAAACCCUACACUCGUAACAAGACGUUUACUUUAUUAUUGCAUUACAAAGCAAUGGAAACAAGUCCUGCUUAUCUUCCACAUUGCUUCUUCACGGUCUUUCAAAAUUCAGACAAACACAUUUUUCUACUAAAGCUCCAUUCUGUUCGUUUACAUUUCUGCAGAAGGAUUAAUAGUAUGGUCCCUUCUUCCUUCACCCUCUCUACAAGAACUCUUUUAGGUCACACUUCAUAGAUGUAUUCUAGAAGGUGGGAGGAGGAGGGAUAGUUUGGGGGUCUUUGUUUUUCAGACUCCUUGGAGCAUAGUACAUUUUGCAUUCAGGAACUGCAUUCUGAUAAGUUCCAUAGCGUUCUAGACAAAUACCCUUAAUUAUGAUCUAUAUUUAUUUUGCCUUUAUAUCCUGUUUAUAUAUGAUCCUUACGUGACAAAAAUAGUUUGUUUCAAUGCUGUCACUUCCAGUCCACUCUGCAAUACAAUAACACUACUACUACUAAUAGACAUUUCUCUCUUCUGGGUUUUACAGACUGACUCCAGACCACACAAACUCACCAGUGUACCGACGCUACAAGCAUUUUGAUUGGCUCUACAACCGCCUGCUUCACAAAUUUACAGUUAUCUCUGUUCCCCAUUUACCGGAGAAGCAAGCAACCGGUCGAUUUGAAGAGGACUUCAUUGAGAAGCGCAAACGCAGGCUGGUUUUAUGGAUGAACCACAUGACCAGUCACCCAGUUCUCUCCCAGUAUGAAGCUUUCCAGCAUUUUCUGAGCUGUCGAGAUGAUGAGAAACAGUGGAAGGCUGGAAAGAGGCGAGCGGAGCGUGAUGAAAUGGUUGGAGCCAGCUUCUUACUAACACUACAAAUCCCAAGUGAGCAUCAGGAUCUCCAGGAUGUAGAGGAACGAGUUGAUGUAUUUAAAGCCUUCUCCAAGAAGAUGGAUGAGAGUGUACUCCAGAUGAGCAGUGUAGUUUCUGAACUGGCUCGUAAGCAUUUGGGUGGCUUUCGGAAGGAAUUCCAAAGGCUAGGAGGUGCUCUACAAGGCCUCAGCACCUCCUUCCAGUUAGAUCCUCCUUAUGGCUCAGAACCGCUAGUGAGCGCCAUAUCUCACACUGGGCAAACUUAUGAAAAAGUUGGGGAGAUGUUUGCCGAACAGCCCAAGAAUGACCAAUUUCGGCUACUAGACACUCUGUCCUUGUACCAGGGCUUACUAUCCAAUUUUCCCGAUAUCAUUCACCUACAGAAAGGUAUGUCCUGAAUGUGUUGUCUUUUGUCUGCUGCAUAAAACUUUUUGUAGUUUGUAAGUGAUCAAACAUUGGCCAGGGAUAUAUAUUAAUAAGUGGAAUGAGGGUGAUAACUGUAUUGACCAACUAAAGCCGUCAUAUUUAGUGCCCUUAAUCACUAAUAACAACAGUGGGUAGAUUAUAGAUGCUAAAAACGUUAAUGUCUUCAUGUUACUCAUGAUUGCCUCCACUGAUAUCAGCCUCCAGUUACUAUUUACCGUUUUGUAAACUGGACAAAAAUGGCACAGUUUGUCAAUCGUCAUAGCAGUCACCACUACAAAUUCUUUUUCAGCUACCCUUUUUAUGUCUGCAAUAGUAGUACAUGAGUGUACUAUGAAAUGAUAUGUAACUCUUCCAAGAUAAGAAUGGGAAAAUUGCUGUCUACCUCCAUAUUUCCGAUUGCAUCCAAAAGCAAGCUAGACUUAUAGUCAAAGGUUGCACUAAAAAAAAGCGUCCCUGAGUUCAAAGUAAGUGAGGCAGGAAACCCUCCCAGAUAUUUGCACUUUUUCCCCCCACUUUUUAUUUACGUUAAGGGAGCAGUACAAUAUAGAAUCAAAAUGUAGUUGGUCCAAAGGUAUUGCACCUAAACCUGCAUUUUUGGUAUCGGGAAGGAAAGUAGGUAAACAACCCUCAACAAUGAACAUAGAAUAGAACCAGAAAGAAAGGGGAAAUGACUGAGAAUUAGGGAGAGAUAGCGAAAUUUGCACUUUUAUAAAGUAAAUAUGCGUGGACAUGCAGUUAACAUUCUAAAGCACCUCCAUCAUCUGUUUGGCUAUGAUGUAGAUUAUGCAUUAAGUGAAUUGGUGGAAUGAUAAUGUAACCAUAUGGACAGAGAAUCAAUAGAAAUUUCAGCAAUUUCAGCAAUUUCAAAGUGAAGGUUCCAUUUUAGGCAAAAAUGUUAAUUUCAGGUGGAAUUCACACUUUGAUGAAUAACCUUGUCUGAGAAGAAGUAAUUGUAGUAAGAAAUGAAAGGUAAUUAAUAUAGACCUGUAAGGACCUGAUUUAACCCCUAACUCACUGUUUGUAUUUCUUGUUUGUUUUGAUAGGAGCGUUUGCUAAGGUAAAGGAUAGCCAAAGGAUGAGCGACGAAGGGCGGAUGGAACAGGACGAGGCAGAUGGCAUACGCAAGCGCUGUCGUGUGGUGGGCUUUGCUUUGCAGGCGGAGAUUAACCAUUUCCACCAAAGAAGGCUGCUGGACUUUAAGCAAGCACUCCAAAAUUACCUGAAGGAGCAGAUCAUCUUCUACCGCAGGGUGAGCGACGAGCUGGAGAAGACCCUACACAAAUAUGAUUCCCUGUGACCUUAGGGUUGGGCAGAGUGAACAUUUCCAGAACAAGCUGGGGAUUUUUACUAUUUGGGUCAAAAACUUUAAAGGAUUAUGACUUUAUACCAGCCACAGUAUGAUGAUUGGUCGGGUGUAUUUACCAUUGGAUUUUUCUUCUUCAGAUACACCAUCUCAUUCUAUAUGUUUAUAUUCAUUCCAAGAUGUCUCUGUAGAUUAAUCCUCUAAUAGUAGAUGCCCCCACGGGAAGGGGCACAUCAAACAUGGGAAGACUGAUCUUGUAAGUUGUUACACGUGGACUCUGUUUAACCUCCUGUAGGGCCCAAGCACUGUGGUCCUGAAAAGUUUGGGUGUGAGUUUAGAGAUGAUUUAUUCUCUGGUGUUUGUAUUUGUAAAUGUAUAUUUUGACGGGUUCUGCUGUGUAACAAAAGCAAUAAUAAAUCAAAGCUUUAUAUUUUACCUUGGUUGGAGUAUGUGCCAAGAACUAUUUGGGACUUUAAAUCCCAUCAUUUUUUUUCGGUGAAGAUUGUGAUUUAUUGUUGGCAGCCUAUCAGCCCCAGCUUAAAACGCACUUCCCUCUCGCUAUGGCCCUCUUCAACCCAUCGUUUCUGAAAGUUUUCUUUUAAUAUGUAAUUGUCCUAUUUAUAGUUAAAUCCCCCCUCUAGGUUGGUACCUGCUCCCCUUUUGUAACACCUCUGCUUCCUGGCACCCAUACCAUUUCCCCUCUGCUGUACGUUAUCAAUACAAAUACUUAUUUGUCCAAUAUUUAGGCAGCAGGCCCUGGGGGAAACUCUGUUAUGUAAGCCCCU